AUGAAUAAGAAUAAUCAAAAUGCGUCUUCUUCCUCUUCUGAUAAGAAGAAGAAGAAUAAGAAGGAUCCAUCUUUUAAAUUUGUGGAUAUGACUUCGGAAUGGGAACCAUGUAUGUCAGGCAUUAGAAAGGAAAAGAAAUAUUUUCAAUUGAGAAAACAAUUAAAAACAUGCGAAAACUUUCAGGAUAAUUACUUUGUCAUUAGUAUGCCAAAGAAGAGAAAAGGCUCUGGUGCAACUGAUGAAGAAGAUGAUGAAGAACAACAACAAGAUAACAAUGUUGAUAAUAGUAAUCAACAACAAAUGCAAUCAUCAAUGACACAAUAUGAUCCAUCACAACAAAUACCUCCGAACAUCAACACUAGUAAUAUGAAUAUUCCAAUUAUUAAUACGAGAAAUAUUUUACGUUUUGAUAAUGCAACCCCAACAAGAAAUCAAUUCACUUUUGUUCCUCAACCUGUUAAUCCUCCUGUAAAAACAUUAUCUAAUGGUUUAGUUGAGUAUAAUAAUGUAAAAAUUAGUACGGCUUCAAAUUUUGAUUCUCAAAAGAAAAAGAAGAGAAAAUCAAAUCCUCAACAACCUCCUCAACAUUCUAACAUUCAAGAAAAUCAACAUGUACAUAAUAAUCAACAAUACCCUCCUACAAAUACACCACCACACUUUAAUUCAGAUUUUAUUGGAAAUGCAUCAAUUAUUAGUGCUGACAUUGUGAAUGAUGAUUUUGAAAGAUAUCACAAUUUGUCAAAUGCUCAAGUUUUGGAUGCUAGUUUCAUUCCUUUCACUCCAAUUGAUAAUAUUUCAAUGGGGUCAGUGAAUAUCACUGCUAACCCUUUACCAGAACUGGAUACGGUUUCGAUUUCAUUUUCUGAACCAAUGUCCUUUAAUGGUGAUUUUAACUUUGAGGAUUUACCUGACUUGGAAUUAUUUGGAAAUGUGGAAAUUAACGUUUCAUCUGGAUCUCGGUGA